AUGUACUCAGGAAACUACAGUGUUCAGCUAGAAUACACUGGCCUGAAUCAAGAAAUCUUGAGGUACGUAACGGCUCAACCCGCACACACCGUCUAUCUGAAAAUCAUAGAUCAAAAACCUCAACAGAUUUACAUUGUAUACGGGCGCGACAGCAAGCCAACACCCAAGGUGUCCUAUCAAAUACAGCAGCCAUGGGGAGAUUUAAAGGCUAACAGUUGUAUCACUUCAGGUAUCGACCUGGACCGUCACCAUGUGCGCAGCACCCACCGCAAGGCGCCGAAGAGCGAAAAUGUCUACCUGCAGGUCCUUGUGAAGCUCUACCGCUUUCUCGCCCGCCGCACGGAGUCCAACUUCAACAAAGUUGUGCUGCGCCGCCUUUUUAUGUCGAGAAUCAACCGCCCUCCCGUCUCCCUUUCGCGACUCGUUUCCAAUGUCACCGAUUCUCACAAGGGCAAGACCAUUGUCGUGAUUGGAACCGUUACUGAUGACAAUCGUCUUCUCACCGUUCCGAAGCUCUCUGUGGCCGCGUUGCGAUUCACCGCUACUGCGAGAGCCAGGAUUGAGAAGGCUGGGGGCGAGACUCUGACUUUGGAUCAGCUCGCACUUCGGGCACCUACUGGAGCCAACACUCUCCUCCUCCGUGGCCCCAAGAACGCUCGUGAAGCUGUCAAGCACUUCGGCUUCGGACCCCACAGCCACAAGAAACCUUACGUUCGAAGCAAGGGUCGGAAAUUCGAGAGAGCUCGUGGACGUAGAAGGUCUCGUGGCUUCAAGGUUUAAGCAGGCAUCUCAAGGAGUUCGACGAUGUCCCUUGGGUUGAGUUGGUGUUGUCACAUAAACCUGUUGCCAAAAGUACUUGCACAAGGGCUCUUGCUUUCUUGCUAUCAGAUGUGGAGGAGCUUCUAACUGAGUAGGAAAUGUGACCG